CCCUUUGCCCCUUACCCCCCACCCCCUGCAGAAUGAUGUGGCUGGCGGAGACUCAUCCUCGGAGGGGUGUGGGCGCCUGGGUGUGGGCCUGGAGGAGGAGGGCGAGAUGGCGGCAGCGCCCUUCAAGCAGGUGGUGGUCGGGAUCUGCGCCAUGGAGAAGAAGUCCGGGUCCAAGCCCAUGAAGGAGAUCCUGACGCGGCUGGAGGAGUUUGAGUACCUCAGGCCCGUUAUCUUCCCCGAGGAGGUCAUUCUGAAGGAACCUGUAGAAAAAUGGCCAGUAUGUGACUGCCUCAUCAGCUUUCACUCAAAGGGCUUCCCAUUGGAGAAGGCCCAGGCAUAUACAGAGCUGCGUAAGCCGUACAUCAUUAAUAAUCUUGAUAUGCAGUAUGACCUCCAGGACAGAAGAGCUGUGUAUAGCACAUUACAAAGAGAGGGGAUUGAGCUACCAAGAUUUGCCAUUCUGGACAGAGAUUCCAAAGACCCUUCUAAACGGGAACUGAUUGAAGGUGAGGAUCACGUGGAGGUGAAUGGAGUAGUGUUCAACAAACCAUUUGUAGAGAAGCCUGUAUCUGCUGAAGAUCACAACAUCUACAUCUACUAUCCUACUUCAGCAGGAGGAGGAUCCCAGAGGCUGUUCAGAAAGAUUGGUUCCAGGAGCAGUGUCUAUUCCCCAGAAAGCAGAGUUAGAAAAACUGGGUCAUAUAUAUACGAAGAUUUUAUGCCCACUGAUGGAACAGAUGUAAAGGUAUACACAGUAGGACCUGAUUACGCCCACGCAGAGGCACGAAAAUCGCCUGCACUGGAUGGAAAAGUUGAAAGAGAUAGUGAAGGGAAGGAGGUUAGAUAUCCUGUGAUAUUAUCCAAUGCAGAAAAAUUAAUAGCAAGAAAAGUGUGUAUUGCAUUUAAGCAGACAGUGUGUGGGUUUGAUUUAUUAAGAGCAAAUGGAAAGUCAUAUGUAUGUGAUGUAAAUGGGUUUAGUUUUGUCAAGAACUCCAGCAAAUACUACGAUGAUUGCGCAAAGAUCCUUGGCAACAUGAUAUUGCGUGAAUUAGCACCAACAUUCCACAUCCCUUGGGCAAUUCCUUUCCAGCUGGAUGACCCUCCUAUUGUACCAACUACCUUUGGAAAAAUGAUGGAACUGCGAUGUGUGGUUGCUGUUAUCAGACACGGUGACAGAACGCCCAAACAGAAGAUGAAGAUGGAAGUCAGACAUCCCAAAUUCUUUGAGCUCUUUGCCAAAUAUGAUGGUUAUAAAGAUGGUCAUGUCAAGCUGAAAAAGCCCAAACAGCUGCAAGAGGUGCUGGACAUUGCGCGGGGUUUGCUGGCAGAGAUCGAGCAGAACCGAGCAGACCCAGAGACGGAAGAGAAGAAGGGGAAGCUGGAGCAGUUGAAGAGUGUCUUGGAAAUCAGAUGCAGAACACACAUUUGUGCAUCCAUUACUCUGAAACAACUGAGCAGAGAAAGAGUGAAGAUGUUACAGUCACUUGAAAUGCGGUUGGGGUUGAAGAAUGGGAAAGGCGCGCGGUGCAGGUAGAGCGGAAGGAGAUGACUAGUCAGGUUGAUGGGGUGCCGGGGGGGGUAAGAGUGAAAUUGGGAAAUUGUGUAUAUAAUGUGGGAGUGGGGUACUUCUUUUGGCUUGUUAGGUUGGUGUUAAGAGGAAGAAGAAAGGGAUUCUUGUGUAUAAUACGGGGAUUACUUGGUGCUUUUUAAGGUAAAUAUACUAUUAAAAAUGUUUUCAUGGCAAGAUCUUGAGUUAUUUAUUUUGCUUGUUAUUAGAUUCUAUAGUUCCUCUCAUGCACUUAUAUUGGUGCUUUGAUGAGUAGGAAUCACUUGUUAUGAAACUGCAAAUUACUAUCUUAUAAAGAUGUUUAUAAGAAAAAGUAUAUUUGCCAGAAGAAUAUGUAACAUCUCUACAACAACUUAGCUUUACCUGUACUUUUAGAGUGACAUGACUUCAGCAAUACAGCAUGGCUCUUCUGUAUUUUUCCCAGUGAAGAGAAUAGCCAUUUAUUUAGCAUGUAAUUCACUCGAAGGUAGGCUUUUUUCCUUGUCAGUUGUACAUAGUAGGAGAUAAGCAUAAGCUUUUGCUCUUCUAUACUCCUGAUAGGUUAGGAAAAUCCUUUUGUAUUGUUAUAGAAUUACAUUAGUUUGAAAUUGCUAAGUAAGAAUAGGAAUCAGAAUCAGCUGAUAUUUGAAUAUGGGAUUGUCUGUACAUAAAGAUGUAUUUUUCAAUUGUUACUUUCCUUUUUAUUAGUUUCUCCAACUGUAAAUAUGCCCUUGAUGUUUAACACAAGGAAGAUCCUUGUAAACUGAAUAGAUCAUGAAAUGCAACACAGAUAUUUCUCCUGAAGACCUCUCCUUGGCAUGCUGCACUGUGGCAUAGGCCUACUCCUCCUGAAUGUUCCUUUUUGAGGCUUGUGGUUUAGCACUAUCCUCAUGUGGCCUUGGCAAGAGACUGGGGAACCCCCAAACUACAGUGGUGUAUGUUUUCCUCCUGAGAAUUGUUGUAUUAGUUUUCUUUAUUUUUUAUUUUUUUAUUUUUUUUUUAUUUUUUUGAUGUAGUGUAUUGACUUUUAUUUUUUAUUUUAUUUUUUUAUUUUUUUAGUUUUUUUAGUUUAUAUGAACAAGUAUAUAGUCAUAUUUUAUUUUUGUAUACAUAUUUUUUGAAGUACUUUAAUGUUUGCCAGUAGUAUUUCAUGUAUCACAACAGAAAUGGCUUUAUGAUGCCCUUAGUUACAAACUUCAUCACCAAUUGCUGUGCCAUUAUACUGAAUAGAUUUUGGUGGUAGACUAAAUACAUUAUUUAUUUGUGACUUUUGCAUUA